GCCCCCUGAAGUACGUAGCCCACCACCAUUGUUGUUGGCGAGAUAAGUCACCUGCCUUCAUCAUGUUGGGCCGAUCCGUUGCUCGCGCCGCCGCAGUCUCCCGCGUCUUGCCCACGUCCGUGGCUGCUGCCCCGCUGUCGACUCAAUCGGAUGCGGUCGCGAAGACCAGCUUCAAAGACCUCUUCUCCACCGAAGCGAACGCCCGAAACUCUGUCGAAUACGUCGUGGCCAAGGUCGACGACUUGGUGAACUGGGGUCGCCGUAGCUCGCUGUGGCCCAUGACAUUUGGUCUUGCGUGCUGCGCCGUCGAAAUGAUGCACACCGCCGGGUCCCGCUACGAUAUGGAACGCUUUGGGAUGGUAUUUCGUGCGUCUCCCCGUCAAUCGGAUGUCAUGAUCGUCGCCGGGACUUUGACCAACAAGAUGGCUCCUGCCCUUCGCCGUGUGUACGAUCAAAUGCCGGAACCUCGUUACGUUUUGUCGAUGGGCUCGUGCGCCAACGGUGGUGGGUACUAUCACUAUUCGUACGCCGUGGUGCGUGGCGUGGACCGCAUCGUCCCCGUCGACAUUUACGUUCCUGGGUGCCCCCCGACCGCGGAAGCGUUUUUGUAUGCGAUGUUGCAGCUUCAGAAGAAGAUCAAAGGCAACAAGGGAUUGCUGCUCAAGUUGCGCAAGUAAUGUUGGAUCAAUCGCACCAUCGCCGAUACAUGCGUUGCCA